GUCUGUAGUCGUGGCUCUGACGCUCCGCAUCCACCAUCUGCGGCAGCAGGGGCUGGCGGCCCGGGCCCCUGCCCAGCCCCUUCCCUCAACUCCAUGUCUCAGCCCUAACCCGGCUGCCCUCCCCGUCCGGGGACAUUUCUUGGUGCCCGUUGCCCGCCCUGUCCAACUCGGGCGCCAUGAAUGACCAGUAUCACCGGGCCGCCAGGGAUGGCUAUUUGGAGCUCCUCAAGGAGGCCACCCGGAAGGAGCUAAAUGCCCCUGACGAGGAUGGCAUGACCCCAACCCUCUGGGCUGCCUACCAUGGCAACCUGGAGUCGCUGCGCCUCAUUGUGAGCCGCGGGGGUGACCCGGAUAAGUGUGACAUCUGGGGGAACACACCCUUGCAUCUGGCAGCUUCCAACGGUCACCUGCACUGCCUGUCCUUCCUCGUGUCCUUCGGGGCCAACAUCUGGUGCCUGGACAAUGACUACCACACGCCGCUGGACAUGGCCGCUAUGAAGGGCCACAUGGAGUGCGUGCGCUAUCUGGAUUCCAUCGCGGCCAAGCAGAGCAGCCUUAACCCCAAGCUGGUGGGCAAGCUGAAGGACAAGGCCUUCCGAGAGGCGGAGCGGCGCAUCCGCGAAUGCGCCAAGAUGCAGCGCAAGCACCACGAGCGCAUGGAGCGGCGCUACCGGCGCGAGCUGGCCGAGCGCUCCGACACGCUCAGCUUCUCCAGCCUCACGUCCAGCACCCUGAGCCGCCGGCUGCAGCACAUGACGCUGGGCAGCCAGCUGCCCUACUCGCAGGCCACACUGCACGGCACGGCCAAGGGCAAGGCCAAGAUCCAGAAGAAGCUGGAGAGGCGCAAGCAGGGGGUCGAGGGCACCUUCAAGGUCUCCGAGGACGGGCGCAAAAGCGUCCGAUCGCUCUCGGGCCUGCAGCUGGGUAGCGAUGUGAUGUUUGUGCGCCAGGGCACCUAUGCCAACCCCAAGGAGUGGGGCCGUGCCCCACUCAGGGACAUGUUCCUCUCGGACGAGGACAGCGUCUCCCGUGCCACGCUGGCUGCCGAGCCUGCCCACUCGGAGGUCAGCACCGACUCAGGUCACGACUCCUUGUUUACUCGCCCUGGCCUAGGUACCAUGGUGUUUCGAAGGAACUAUGUGAGCAGCGGGCUGCACGGGCUGGGCCGAGAGGACGGGGGCUUGGAUGGGGGAGGCACGCCGCGGGGUCGGCUGCAUAGUUCCCCCAGCCUGGACGACGACAGCCUGGGCAGUGCCAACAGCUUGCAGGACCGCAGUUGCGGGGAAGAGUUACCCUGGGAUGAACUAGACUUGGGGUUGGAUGAGGACCUGGAGCCCGAGACCAGCCCCUUGGAGACCUUCCUGGCCUCGCUGCACAUGGAGGACUUCGCCUCCCUCCUGCGGCACGAGAAGAUUGACCUGGAGGCCCUGAUGCUGUGCUCUGACCUCGACCUACGCAGCAUCAGCGUGCCCCUGGGGCCUCGGAAGAAGAUCCUGGGGGCCGUGAGGAGGCGCAGGCAGGCUCUGGAGCGACCCCUGGCCCUGGAGGACACAGAACUAUGAAAGGGCUCCUCUCCUCAGACCAAAUGAAUUUGCAAGUUGCCACAACCCAUGGUGGGGCCAAGAGAGCCUCACCAUUGCCAUUCCAGCUGUCCCUUCUCCAGGAGCAAGGGUCACAUGGGUCAUUUCCCUCUGAAACCUGGUCCACACUCUGAAGCAAAGGUGUAACGUGGAGGCACCUAGAGGGACCACAGCACUCCAGAGCACCAGUUCUGAGCCCCCAGCCAUCUUCAUUGAAAAGCCCUGAAUUACAAGAGGAUUGGUGGAUGGUCAGCCCCGGUGGGAGAUCAGGGACUGAUUGACCCUGAGGACUUGACAUCACAGCUGAGGUAGAGAUAGAGCAGUGGGGAGUCUGACCAGUCACAGGGCCGUCACCUACCCCACCUGUCUCCUCCAGCCUUCUUGGGGUGUGUAGGGGUUCCUGAUCUUUCCCAGGCUGGAAACCUGUUGCUUCCUACUUACAAUAACAGAAGAGUUUGGGUAUGCCCUCCUCAUGCACCCAAGAAGGAGGUUCCCCAACCAGACUCUGCAGCCAAAUGUUCCAUCUUUCGCUCCCCAGCACAGUCCCUCCUACAAAAGGCCAGUCCCCUCUUCUCAUCCACUUGCCAUGGCCACAGCUGGAAAGCCAGGCGGGAGUAGGCUGGAGUAAUUAGUACUCCCUUCCGCUCAUUCUGGGGGUCCAGACUGACUCCUUUAGCUUCACCCCACUCCACUAUGAAGCCUGGUCUCACCAAGGUUUUCAGAGAACCAGGGAGCCUAGAUGCAAGGCCACCAGGACCGGAAGUCACAGCUGACUGGAGAAGGGCAUCUGCUAACUGUCCUGGAGUCUCUCAGGCCUAGACAGGCAGAGGCUGGACACAGUUGGUGUCAGGCCCAGUGUGAGAAAGUUCUGUGAGGAAGAUCUUGGAGGAUGUAGAGAACCUGAGAUCCUGAUUGUGCCCAGGCUCCCAAGGCGCGCUCUCUCUCUCUCUCUCUCUCUCUCUCUCUCUCUCUCUCUCUCUCUGUGUGUGUGUGUGUGUGUGUGUGUGUGUAUCGAAUCUGGUUAGAGGAUUCCCUCAAGAUCUGGAGGGGCUCCAGCUGCUCUUGGUUCUGCAUGAAUCAUAGGAAAAUGAGAAUUCACCGUGCGUCCAGCCCUGGAAUGGAAAGGAGGUGAAAACCAGAGCAAAGGCUAGCCCAGAGGUCCUCAGAGUAUGUUCUUAUAGCAAUAUCACCACAGGUUAUGGAUGUGGCUAAGUCCUUCAGGAGCCACUCGCAUACAGAGUCACAUCUAUCCUUCCAUGGAUACGCCCUUCUUGUCACCCGUGGACCCCCAUCCCAGACUCCUGCUUGCAGAGAGAGGAACAUGCACAGCCUCUAGCCCCUCCUUGAAUUCCCUAGACCCGGCAGAGGGAAGAACCCCCAAAGACCUCUGUGUUCCAUCUGGAGGUGCACUAUCCAUGCACACCAAGUUCUGAGUGUGCUUUUGUCCCAUGACCACCUCGAGGCUAACCCCCAGCCUUCUUGUUUUCUGGGCCCAAGCCUGGGGCCACCUCCAAGUGCCGAUUCCUCCUUUUUCUCAGAGCCCCAGGCACCGCUCUUCCUCACCUCUCUGACUGUUUACCACCUCGGCCCCUCCUGGUUCUCCCUGCCCCAGGAGACGCUGUGACCCUCACCAUUGUACCCUAAACCUUCCUCUCAGGCUAAUUAUAUUUUUUGUACAGCA